AGUUAAGUUGUAGGUUCGGGCUCCUCCCGACUCUGUUGCUUCCCCUUGGGCUUCUCGGACCUAACAGCGCGGCUUCGGCCCGGGAGCUGCCGAACCCGCGCCGCCUGUGGGUGAGGACACGCCUGCCCUCGUCGAGAAAACUUUUCCUGCCGACUCAGGGCGGUGGUGGCAGGAAGUCCGGGCAAGCGACCUGCCCUCCGUCGGCCCCGCGCGCCCCGCCGGGCGUCGGCACCAAGCUAGCGAUCAAGUUUGUGGGGACCCCUUCUUCACUGACGGCGAGUCUCGCCUCGAGGGAGCGCCUGGCCCCGGGGAGGGCGGCGGGCCGGGGCGAAGGCCAAGGGCGCGUGGUGGCGCCGGAGGCGAGGUGAGGAGCGCCGCCGGGACCGGCGCCCGAGAGCGCCGAGGGCGCGCAGCCGGGGAGAAGGGAGCCCCCGGUGGCUGCUGCUUAGAGUCCACAGUCCGCUGCCUCCGCCGGGUGAGGACAGUGUCCUGGCCCCGAGUCUAUCGAGGAAAAUGAAGUUAAGCCGCCAGUUCACCGUGUUCGGCAGUGCGAUCUUCUGUGUGGUGAUUUUCUCGCUCUACCUGAUGCUCGACCGGGGUCACCUGGACUACCCCAAGAACCCGCGCCGCGAGGGCUCCUUUCCCCAGGGCCAGCUCUCAAUGUUGCAAGAAAAAAUAGACCAUUUGGAGCGUUUGCUAGCUGAGAAUAAUGAGAUCAUCUCAAAUAUUAGAGACUCGGUCAUCAAUUUGAGUGAGUCUGUGGAGGAUGGUCCGAAAAGUUCACAAGGCAAUUUCAGCCAAGGUGCUGGCGCCCAUCUGCUGUCACAGUUAUCCCUCUCAGUUGACCCUGCAGACUGUCAGUUUGCGUCACAAAGUGGAAGUCCGAAUUCAGAUGUUCAGAUGUUGGAUGUUUAUAGUCUACUUUCUUUUGACAAUCCAGAUGGUGGAGUUUGGAAGCAAGGCUUUGACAUUGAGUAUGAAACUAAAGAAUGGGACACUGAACCCCUUCAAGUCUUUGUGGUGCCUCAUUCCCAUAAUGACCCAGGUUGGUUGAAGACUUUCAAUGACUACUUUAGAGACAAGACUCAGUAUAUUUUUAAUAACAUGGUCGUAAAGCUGGCAGAAGACUCGAGGAGGAAGUUUAUCUGGUCUGAAAUCUCUUACCUUUCAAAGUGGUGGGAUAUUAUAGAUAAUCAGAAGAAGGAUGCUGUUAAAAGUUUAAUAGAAAAUGGUCAGUUUGAGAUUGUGACAGGCGGCUGGGUCAUGCCCGAUGAAGCUACUUCCCAUUAUUUUGCCUUAAUUGAUCAACUAAUUGAAGGGCAUCAGUGGCUGGAAAAUAAUCUAGGAGUGAAACCUCGGUCUGGCUGGGCUAUCGAUCCUUUUGGAUAUUCACCAACGAUGGCUUACCUUCUGAAACUCUCUGGAUUUUCUCAUAUGCUCAUCCAGAGAGUUCAUUAUGCAAUUAAAAAACACUUUUCAUUGCAGAAAUCAUUGGAGUUUUAUUGGAGACAGAAUUGGGAUCUGGGAUCUGUCACAGAUAUUUUAUGCCACAUGAUGCCCUUCUACAGCUAUGACAUCCCUCACACUUGUGGACCUGAUCCUAAAAUAUGCUGCCAGUUUGAUUUUAAACGGCUUCCCGGAGGCAGAGUUGGUUGUCCCUGGGGAGUCCCUCCAGAAACAAUACAUGCUGGAAAUAUUCAUAGCAGGGCUUCAUUGCUUUUAGAUCAGUACCGAAAGAAGUCAAAGCUUUUUCGUAGUAAAGUUCUCCUGGCCCCACUAGGAGAUGAUUUCCGCUACUGUGAAUACACAGAAUGGGAUUUGCAGUUCAAGAAUUACCAGCGCCUUUUUGAUUAUAUGAAUUCCCAGUCUAAGUUCAAUGUAAAGAUACAGUUUGGAACUUUAUCAGAUUAUUUUGAUGCGCUGGAUAAAGCAGAUGCAAAUCAGAGAGAGAAGAGACAAUCGAUGUUUCCUGUUGUAAGUGGGGAUUUUUUCACUUACGCUGACCGAGAUGAUCAUUACUGGAGUGGCUACUUUACAUCCAGACCCUUUUAUAAACGAAUGGAUAGAAUCAUAGAAUCCCAUCUAAGGGCUGCUGAAAUUCUUUACUAUUUUGCUCUGAGACAAGCUGAGAAAUACAAGAUAAAUACAUUUCUUUCAUCACCAUAUUACAAGACACUUACAGAAGCCAGAAGGAAUCUGGGACUAUUUCAACAUCAUGAUGCUAUCACAGGAACUGCGAAAGAUUGGGUGGUUGUAGAUUAUGGUACCAGACUCUUUCAUUCACUAAUGGCAUUGGAAGAGAUAAUUGGACAUUCUGCAUUUCUUCUUAUUUUGAAAGACAAACAGUCGUAUGAGGUGUAUGAUUCUUACUCUUCUGAUACCCUCGACAUGGAUUUCAAGCAAAAAUCACAGGAUUCUCUGCCACAAAAAAACAUAAUACAACUGAGUACAAAGCCAAGGUACCUUGUGGUAUUUAAUCCUUUAGAGCAAGACCGCGUCUCUGUCGUCUCAGUCUACGUGAGUUCCCCCACGGUGCAAGUGCUCUCUGCUUCAGGACAACCCAUGCAAGUCCAAGUCAGUGCGGUUUGGGAUGCAGCAAAUGUUAUUUCCAAAACAGCCUAUGAGGUCUCUUUUCUAGCACGUGUACCACCAUUGGGAAUGAAAGUGUUUAGGAUUUUGAAAUCAGCAACUUCAAACUCACAUUUAGCUGAUUAUGUCUUCUAUAAUGGUAAAAUAGAAGAUACCGUCUCUAAAAAUAAAGUAGAAGAUACAGGAAUCUUCAAGAUAAAGAAUAAGCAAAAUGCUGAAGAAGCUAUAACUCUAGAGAACUCCUUUAUAGCUCUUUGGUUUGCUCCAUCUGGUCUCUUGGAGAAAAUGAUGGCCAAAGAAGAUGGCAAACUCCAUGAAGUAAAGGUGCAGUUUUCGUGGUACGGGACAACAAGUAAAAUCGACAAGAGUGGCGCCUACCUCUUCCUACCCGAUGGUGAAGCCAAGCCUUAUGUCUACAAUGAACUGCCCUUGGUCAUAGUGACACGUGGAAGGAUUUAUUCUGAAGUGACUUGCAGUUUUGAACAUGUUAUCCAUAGAGUCCGACUGUACCAUGUACAGGGAAUAGAAGGACAGUCUGUGGAAAUUUCCAAUAUUGUGGACAUCCGAAAAGUAUAUAAUCGUGAAAUUGCAAUGAGAAUUUCUUCUGAUAUAAAAAGUCAAAAUAGAUUUUAUACUGAUCUAAAUGGAUACCAGAUUCAACCUAGAGUGACAAUGAGAAAAUUGCCUCUGCAAGCAAAUGUCUAUCCGAUGACCACAAUGGCUUAUAUCCAGGACGCUGAGCACCGUCUGACCCUGCUCUCGGCUCAGUCUCUGGGGGUUUCCAGUCUCAGUAGCGGUGAGAUUGAAGUUAUCAUGGAUCGAAGACUCAUGCAAGAUGAUAAUCGUGGCCUUGGGCAAGGUUGCCAUGAUAACAAGAUUACAGCUAAUCUAUUUCGAAUACUACUAGAAAGAAGAAGUGCCGUUAAUAUGGAAGAAGAAAAGCGUCCCGUCAGUUUUCCUUCUCUCCUCAGCCACAUCACUUCUUCUUUCAUGAACCACCCAGUCUUUCCCAUGACGAAGAAGUUCUCACCCACCCUUAAGCUGCUGGGUGAAUUCUCUCCGUUACUGUCUUCUUUGCCUUGUGACAUUCAUCUGGUUAAUCUGAGAACGUUACAGUCGAAGGUGGGCGGUGGAUAUUCCAAUGAGGCAGCUUUGAUCCUCCAUAGGAAAGGGUUUGACUGCAGAUUCUCUAGCAAAGAUACGGGACUACUUUGUCCUACUACUCAGGGAAAGAUGUUGGUACAGAAACUUUUUAACAAGUUUACCAUUGAAAGUCUCACACUUUCAUCAUUAUCCUUGAUGCAUUCAUCUCCAGACGCCCAGAAUAUAAGUGAGAUCAACUUGAGUCCAAUGGAAAUCAGUACAUUCCGCGUCCGAUUGAGGUGAAACUGACUGUCACACUGGGAUUGGGAUCAUUGGCUUUUAUACGUUUCUUGGUUUGACGUGCAAUAAAGAAGCACAUUAUUUUAGCUUCUGGCUACUGUGAGAACAUAAAUUCUGUGAUUUUUUUCUUUUUUUUAAACCAGUACAGUAAAGAGGAAGAAGAACCAAGCCAUGCUACCAACCAGGUUUUCUUUUCUUUUCUUUUAUUCUUUCUUUUUUUUUUUUUUUAAUGUUCCUCCCAUGAACCACAAUCAUCAAGGAUUGGUGCAACAAAUGAAGAAAUAUUUAAAGACAGCCUCUCAACAGAUUGUAUCUCAGGUUAAAUGCUAACUAAUUAUCUGUGUUGGAGGUUGUAAGAUAUUUGUGUGGCUAAUCCUUUGUCAGUUUGACAGAAAUACCCAUUUGACCGAAAUGAAAUUAAAUACUGGUGGGUAAUAAUAGCUAAUGGCCAAAAUAGUUGCCCUCAUUCCUACAAGUUAGACAAAUACUGUGUUGAAAUAAGUGGAAACGUGCAAUCCAUCAACCCUUAUGCAUAGUAAACGUAGUUGGUUUUCACAUCUUUUUCUGUGAACCUCUUCAUCUCUUCCUCCACUUCUCAGCCUUCGUAAGUAUUUCCAGAAAUACCUGAUUUUGAAUCAUUCAACAGUAGAUAAAGAUGCAUAUUUUCAUUACUUGACAAUGUGGGAUAGGUGCAAUUUAUUCCAUUGUCACUAAAAUAGAAGUAAUUCCAUAGGUACCAUAAACCUAUUUUAGGCAUCACAAGGUAUCUUUUUACACAGCUCAUUUGAAUACAGGUGUUCUGAGAUGGGGUUUUCUAUUUAAAAAUUACCAUAUCAAAAUAAAUGUGCCUUAUUUUUUUAUAAGUCUUGUUAAAUCUUUUGGUGUCCAUCUUACUGUCUGGGGGAAGGGGGGCGUUUGGGAACGGGGCCAGGGUGGGUAUUUUCUAUGAUACGUAAAUGGUAUAAUUUUUGCCUGACAAUGCUGGCCACAUUCUGAUCUGUUUCAUUAAAUUUGUGGUAAUGUUACUCUAAACAUUUUGACUAUUUGAAUGUACUGAGAUGUCAGAAAACAAAACAAGGAAGAAAAAUAUUGUUAAUCAAAAUAUGCUGCUGCCAAGGAAACUGCAACUUGAAGCAAAGACUGUGUAACAAGCAAAAUCCAGAUACUGUCUCCAUUUCACAGUACUUACCUGUGUUAGAGAGAAAAGGCUUUAAAAGGUGAACCUAUUUUGAAACCCACUUCUAUGUAGCUCAUCAUGAUUCAUCAUAUUAAAGAAUGUUUGUUAAUUCCAAGCUUUUGUGUGUGCUGACCUCAGAGUGAAGUUCUAAGCUCAUGUGCUAUUCGUAACGCUUUCUAUAAAGCUUAUUGGGAAUCACUGUUUCCUCAACAUUAUAAUAACAGCAGCAUUUAGACUGUCCAGUUUCAGUAGGGAAAGGAGUCUGAGCAGGUACAGUUUAGAAAACUCUCUUUGUGUUAAUGGGUUUAGUAUUAUAUGACUUUAAAUUUCCAUUUUACCGCUUGUCAUUCAACAUCUUUAUAGAGAAAUUAAAAUCCAAUUUCUACUUCAUAGAUUAUCGUCUGGAUUUUCACUCAAGAUGCAGCUCCUAAAAUUACUAUGUGUAAAUCCAUCAACUCCUUUGCCUUUACUAAUAAGGAAAUAAUACCAUUGUUGGGAGAGAUAUUACAAGGGGGUGAAUUCAUGCAAUAAACAUGUACUGUAAGCGUCCUUCCUCAUUUUUUGGAAAUAACUAGAAAAGGAGAAAAUACUUCCUUUUUGUGGACAUCUCCAGAUGUUAGUGUUGCCAGAAGCAAAUCCCAGGAGUAAGGUCAGUAUUUUCAUUGCAUCUUAAGUGUAAAGCCUUCCUCGGGGAGUUCACUGUGUUCUGUGGUUAAGUGGGUGUGCUUACUCAUUCUGGACAUUCUGAUCAGAUGAAAUAAAAAAAUCUUGAUGCAAUAACAGUGGUUUUUCCACUUCUGGUUGUUUGAGGUAUAUCUGUCCCGUGUCAGUCGGGGUUUGAGUCAGUGUAUGUUGCCACCAGACCUUCACAGGUAAAGUGGAAUUUCUCUUUAACCAGCAAGUUUCUGCUCUUUAAAGUUAUUUUUAUAAUAACCAUCAGGGAAAUGAAGAGAAGAUGCUUUAGGUUGUGGUCAAGAACUGAAAAAUAAUUUAGUGUCUCUGGCAUCCACUAAAGCUGUACACUUCAGCUGAGAUCUUGGCAGCAUCUUCAUUUGGUUAGGCUUUGUGAUGUUUAUCAUCCCAGAGGCCAGGUGACCCAGCAGUGCAGGGACGCGUGUCUCUCUCUCCCCCCUUCUCCCUCGUCGUCAUUUGGGGUUAUAACUGAAGUGUUGGAGAACUUCACAUUCUUGUUUUCUACAAAUACUGAUUAAAAUAAAAUGCUGUAACAUGUGUUACAAAACGUUGUAAUGGUUUCCCCAUUUCUUUGUUGUAUUUGUGCCGAAAUGUUUUCACAUUCCUUUAUCUGAAAUAAAACAUGUUUUCAUUUUGAUCAUUUUGCUCACCUGGGAAUCAACAGGUUUUGAUAUUUUCUCUUGGAAGAUUUUAUAUCUUUUUGGGAUUAUGUAAUAUAAGAUCGCUAAUAAAAGAUAAUGUUAUCAUGUGCAUGA